CCUUGUUUUCUUUAUUUAUGAGUAUCAUGAUACAGCCCUGUUCUGAAAGUAAAUAAAAAUACAAAUAGUAUACCCAAGUGGUUGCUGAGGAGUUCAUAGAUAGAUCAUCAAGCCUAAGAAGGUCGAGAUCAAUAACAUACAGAUGAAGCGAGCUUAUAAAUAUGAACUCAAGAAGCACAUUAAGAGGCACAAAAGUGAAUAGCAUUAUGAAGUUGUGAACAGUCUGAGAUAACUCUGUGUAGAAAAGACAGACUUUGUUUUUCCUAAUACGCUUCUGCACUACUAAAACAACUUCUCACAUUCUUCUUUUCUCAAAUCCAAAGUUUUUUCCUUUUUCCCUUUUUGGUAGAUUUUCAAAUUCCACAAGGAAACUUCUCAGAUUCCCCUAUAACUUGAGAGUUAAGAAAGACACAGGUUAUAACUGAAGUGUAAGCAUGCAAAUUCCAGUCAUAUUAAGGAUCGAGUAGCACUGUGGUAUGCUUCAUGCAAUUCGAAUUAUAAGGAGACAUUAUCAGAAUGCUGUUUUUAUUGAGACAUGAGGUUGGUAUGCUUAAUGCUUGUACAGAUGUAUGUGUUGCUAUAUGUAUGGUUUGCUGAUUCUUAUAUCAAACUUCCUCGAGCGUAAAGAGCUCAAGAGGAUCGAAUGCCAUGAAGUAUAAAGGGAGCUAAUAAAGCUGGGUUCAAGAACCAAAUAAGACGUAGACAACAUGAAUACCAAUGUUAAAGUGUAUACUUAAAAAAAAAAUGUUAAGCAGUAACUGAACAAUGUGGCUUCUUGGAUCUUUUCCGUAAUUAUUAUUGUUCAUCUUUGAUCAAUGUUAGUUGUCGGUUCUAUUUUCCCAUUGCCAAUUAGGUAAGACUUGUUCUUGUGCAACAAGAAUUCCAUACUCUAUCCCAACUGAUUUUUAGACGGUUUAGGGUUGUAAUCUAAACCCUAGGACAAGAUUCCUAUAAAAGCACUACAGGAUUGUAUAAAGUCGAGAUAUUCUCUCACCUUAGAUGCCUCAUCAGAAACCCUAGAGUUGAACAAAAUGUUUCCUCUCAAUCCCAAACAAAUACCUACAUCAGUGUCCUCACUGUUCUCAGCCUAUGCCUCCUUUACUGCAUUCAUGAUGUUGGUCCGUACUGUUGUCAAAGAACUCAAAGAUCUCAUCCCCCUCAAGGUUCGAUCAUACAUAUACUCCAAGCUUGAGUACUACUUAUUUACCCCUACCCCGAAUGAUCACCUAACUCUUGUCAUAAACAAGAACAUUGGCAUGGCGCUGAACGAGGUCUAUGAGAAGGUAGAGGUCUACCUUGGAGCCAAGAUUACUCCCUCCGAUAAGCGUCUUGUACUGAGCAAAACAAAUAAGCAAAAAACUGUGAGCCUAGCCAUUGAAAAAAGAGGCCAAGUUGUCAUUGAUACCUUCGAUGACAUUGAGCUCUGGUGGCGUUACCUGGCCAAACAAAAUAAGUCCAAAAACAAGCAGAGUCCUGCUUCUGCUGCUGAUGAUGAAGAAGAGUUAGAGUGGUUCUUUGAGUUAACUUUCAAUGAGAAACACAGAGCCAAAGUGAUAGACUCCUACAUGCCACAUGUGUUUGCUCAGGCUGAUUCUAUUCAACAAGGGAAAAGAGUUCUAAAGCUUUAUUCCUCUGCCACUUAUGGUUCUCCUAGAAGUAGCAUAGAUCUCGUGCACCCUGCUACUUUUGAUACAGUGGCAAUGGAUCCAGAACUUAAGAAAAUGAUUAUAGAUGACUUGGAUAGGUUCAUAAAGAGGAGGGAAUUAUAUAAGAAGGUUGGGAAGGCAUGGAAAAGAGGAUAUUUGUUAUAUGGUCCACCUGGUACUGGAAAAUCUAGCUUGAUUGCUGCCAUGGCUAAUUAUCUCCAGUUUGAUAUAUUUGAUUUGGAGCUUUCUAAUGUAUAUAGCAACUCUGACUUGAGGAAGGUAUUGAUGUCCACUUCAAAUCGUUCUAUUCUGGUCAUUGAGGAUAUUGAUUGCAGUGUGAAAAUAGACAAUCGGGAAUCAGUUCAGCCUUCCAUACCCUGUAGAACUUCAUUCACACUCUCGGGCCUACUGAACUUCAUAGAUGGUUUGUGGUCAUGCUGCGGCGACGAGAGGAUAAUUGUGUUCACCACCAACCACAAGGACAAACUAGACCCUGCAUUGUUGCGUCCAGGUCGAAUGGACGUGCACAUCUUGUUGUCAUACUGCACUCCGAGUGCGUUCAGAACCUUAGCCUCUAAUUACCUUGGCAUUCAUGAAAGCAAUCCUCAUCACCUGUGUGGGGAAAUUGAAAGCUUAAUAGAGAGCACAGAGGUUACCCCUGCAGCUGUAGCUGGGGAGCUUAUGAAGAGCGAUGAUGCAGAUGUUGUUCUUGAAGGGCUUGUCAAAUUCCUCAAAGAAAAGAAGGCUGCUAAUGAUAAGAUAAAGUUAGAACAGGCUAAAAGAGCUUGGGAGGAAGGGAAUAAGAAAGCAGAGCUGGAAGGGACUAACAAACAAGAGAAGCAGGAAAGGGAUUCCUCACUAGAAGAGUUGGAAGGGAGAAGCCACAAUUUGAUUAGGGGAAAAGCUAUGUUUAGUAGGCUGUCUUCACAAGUUGAUCAGUUAUGCACAUUCUCUGUGUAAAUUUUGGAUUAAUUUCUACUUCCAACAAC